AUGGAUCUUUCCAACGCCUUCCGCAUCAUCAACCUUGGUGUUGGUGUCAUCAUGGUCCUUGGUGGCAUCUCGCAGUUCUUCCCAAUCACCUUCCAGUCCGUUGUCAUUGGCGUCUACGUGAUUCUCUUUGGUCUCGCGACCGCUCUCCUUGAGUUCCAGAUCCCGCCCCAGGUCUCCCGGUACGCGUCGUUCCUGUUCUCCUUCAUCGGCCGUGGUAUCUUCUACGUCUUCAUCGGCUCCAUCCUCUUGCACGACCACACCCUGCGCAUCAUUGCUGGCUCCAUUGUCGGCAUCAUCGGCCUGGUAUACUGCGUGCUCGAGUUUAUCCCGUCGAUUGAGCCGCCUGCGAACAUGCGCGAAGCCGAUGCUGGCUGGGGUGCCGAGCAGGUGUAA